AUGUAUGAUGAGUGGCUAAAGUUGUCUAGGUUGCCUAACCGCGUUGUUGUAGUUGGUGUCGCAGCUACUUACUUCUUCAAUGGUGGUAGAUUAAGUAUUGCUGUCGCGUUUGUAUUAAUUUACAUGAUGGCUCAUAGGGAGAUGAUGAAGGCAGGUAUAGACGAGGUAACCAAGGUUAAAACUACGGGCGAAAAAAGCUCGUGCUGUUCUGGAAAAUCUGGCGGCUGUGGUUCUACCAAUGCUGUAGAUGGUUCGAAGAAAAAGACUAAAGGAUGUUGUGGAGGUGCUUGUAAGUCUAAAGGUGGAAAAUCGGUUGAAAUUAAAAAGAAUAACGUGGAUGAAAGCUCUUAUCCAAUUGCUAUUGACUUUACCAAUGCAUUUAAGGCUCCUGGGGGUGGAUCCGCUAAGGUGAAAAAAGUUCCGAAACUUAUAUCUGGUCAAAAGAGUGUGAAGAAGGCUGACGGAUUAGUUAAACAGGCCUUGACUAUUUCUAAGGAAAAACUUUUAGCUUCGCAGGUUUAUGUUUUCUACAGUUCGCUACAAGGUAUGGCAUCAAGGUCUGCCCGCCGUGUCGUUGAGAUCUUAAAAAAGCUUGAAAAGCUUGAAAAAGAACCUUUAUUGAUGAAUUUGGAUGAGAUUGAUGACCUGAAUAGCUACUUUGUGGAUGUGCCCGAUGAAGCUGCUCUAUAUAUUUUUGUUGUGCCCUCUUACGACAGUGACUCGCCCUUGGAUUACUUCUUGGAAACGAUGCAGGAGAACUUCAAUGACUUCAGGAUCGAUAAAUACCCACUAUCGAAACUUGUUGGGUAUACGGUUUUGGGUGUUGGAGAUUCUGAAUCUUGGCCGGAGAAAUUUUGCUACCAAGCAAAAGAUGUCGAUGAAUGGAUAGCGAAAUUAGGUGGUAGAAGAAUAUAUCCUCUUGGAAGGGUGUGUGUGAAGUUUGGAGGUGAUCCAAAGGUAGAAGAAUGGGCAGAACUUUUAGCAGAGACGCUAAAAGAUGAUGAGCCUAUAUUGUAUGAGUAUGAUGAAAGUGUUGAUGAUAAAGAAAACCAGGAUAUUGAUGCUGCAGAUGACUCCCUGGUUGAUCUCGAAGAUAUCGGUGGCUCCGGUGAUGUAAAGCAGUCUUCAGAGUUAAAGAAAAUGGUGGCUAAAGAUGGACCAACCUACAAGAACUUGGUAAAGCAGGGAUACGCUAUUGUAGGUUCGCAUUCUGGUGUUAAAAUCUGUAGAUGGACGAAAAGCGAUUUGCGAGGCAGGGGUUCGUGUUACAAGCACUCUCUGUUCAAUAUUGUUUCCAGUAGGUGCAUGGAGCUCACUACCUCUUUAGCAUGUUCUUCUAAGUGCGUGUUCUGUUGGAGACACGGCACCAAUCCUGUGGCUAAGAAUUGGAGAUGGGAAGUUGAUGAACCAGAUUAUAUAUUAGAAAACGCUCUUCAGGCUCAUUAUUCGAAAAUAAAACAGAUGAGAGGUGUGCCUAACGUUGUGGCAGAAAGAUUUGCGCUGGCCUUUAAAGUUGCCCACUGUGCUUUGUCUUUGGUUGGUGAGCCUAUCAUGUAUCCGUAUAUCAACAGAUUCGUAAAACUGUUGCAUGAAAAGCAUAUUUCAAGUUUCCUGGUAUGCAAUGCCCAGCAUCCCGAACAGUUAGAAAAUUUGGGUAAGGUCACUCAGUUAUAUAUCUCAAUUGAUGCUCCAACUAAACAAGAGCUAAAGAAAAUCGAUCGGCCACUAUUCAGUGACUUUUGGGAGAGAAUGCUACGAUGCUUGGAAAUUCUGCGCACCACACAGUCGCAUCAAAGGACGGUUUUCAGGCUGACGCUAUUAAAAGGUUUUAACAUGGCAGAUGCAAGCGCUUAUGUGGAUCUAGUCAUGAAAGCUCGCCCAUGCUUCAUUGAGGUUAAGGGUGCAACGUUUUGUGGUUCUUCCGACGGCAACGGUAACCCAUUAACCAUGCAAAAUAUCCCAUUCAAUGAAGAAUGUGUAAAAUUUGUGAAAUGCUUAACCUCGGAGCUCCAAAAGCGCUACUUGAACUAUGACGUAGCAGCGGAACAUGCUCAUUCAAACACCAUAUUAAUUGCUGACACGAAAUUCAAGAAAGAAGAUGGUUGGUAUACUCACAUUGACUUUGAAAGAUUCUUCGAGUUACUAAAAUCCGGAGAGCCAUUUACAAACACGGACUACAUGGCCAAAACUCCAGAAUGGGCUUUGUUUGGAAAUGGUGGUUUUGCGCCAGGUAAUGUUAGGUUCUACAGAAAGAAAAAGAACGCCAAUAAGGAAGUCACCGUAGCAUAA